AUGAGCUAUUACGGCAGCAGCUCUCCAAUUGUAAACGUGAACCCCAAAUACCCGGGCUACCCCUCAGAGCACAUCCUAGCUGAGAAGAGAAGAGCCAGAAGACGUCUGCUCCACAAAGAUGGUAGCUGCAAUGUGUACUUCAAGCACAUUUUUGGAGAAUGGGGGAGCUAUGUGGUUGACAUUUUCACUACUCUUGUAGACACCAAGUGGCGCCACAUGUUUGUGAUAUUUUCUUUAUCUUAUAUUCUCUCCUGGUUGAUAUUUGGCUCUAUCUUUUGGCUAAUUGCCUUUCACCAUGGCGAUCUGUUAAAUGAUCCGGACAUCACGCCUUGUGUUGACAACGUCCAUUCCUUUACAGGGGCGUUUUUAUUCUCCCUUGAGACCCAGACAACCAUAGGUUAUGGUUACCGCUGUGUCACCGAAGAAUGCUCCGUGGCGGUGCUCAUGGUGAUCCUUCAAUCCAUCCUGAGCUGCAUCAUAAACACCUUCAUCAUUGGAGCUGCCUUGGCCAAAAUGGCAACCGCUCGGAAGAGAGCCCAAACCAUUCGGUUUAGCUAUUUUGCCCUCAUAGGCAUGAGAGAUGGGAAGCUUUGCCUCAUGUGGCGCAUAGGUGAUUUCCGGCCAAACCAUGUGGUAGAAGGCACAGUGAGAGCCCAACUUCUCCGCUACACUGAAGACAGCGAAGGGCGGAUGACGAUGGCAUUCAAAGACCUGAAGUUGGUCAACGACCAGAUCAUCCUUGUCACACCAGUAACUAUUGUUCAUGAAAUUGACCACGAGAGCCCUCUGUAUGCCCUUGACCGAAAAGCAGUGGCCAAAGAUAACUUUGAGAUUUUGGUGACAUUCAUCUAUACUGGUGAUUCCACGGGCACUUCUCACCAAUCCAGAAGUUCCUAUGUUCCCCGAGAAAUUCUCUGGGGCCAUAGGUUUAAUGAUGUCCUGGAAGUUAAGAGAAAGUACUACAGAGUGAACUGCUUACAGUUUGAGGGGAGCGUUGAGGUAUACGCUCCCUUUUGCAGUGCCAAACAACUGGACUGGAAAGACCAGCAGCUCCACAUGGACAAAGCACCUCCAGUCCAAGGAUCUGGCACGUCGGACACCAUGGUCAGAAGAAGGUCGUUUAGUGCAGUUGAUAUUGUCAGCAGCUGUGAAAACCCAGAGGAGACCACCACCUCCACCACGGACGAGUGUAAGGAAGCACCUUAUCAGAAAGCUGUCUUGACUUUAAAUAGAAUCUCUGUAGAAUCCCAAAUGUAG